CAUGAAAUAAUUCACACUGGAGUGAAACCAUAUGUAUGUAAGCAAUGUGGGAAAGCUUUUAACACACGGGCAAAUUGUAAAAUACAUGAAAGGAUUCACACUGGAGAGAAACCGUAUGUAUGUAAGCAAUGUGGGAAAGCUUUUGCCAGACCUGGAUAUUGUAAGGAACAUGAAAGAAUACACACUGGAGUGAAACCAUAUGUAUGUAAGCAAUGUGGGAAACCUUUUAACACAGAGACAAACUGUAAAAUACAUGAAAGAAUUCACACUGGAGAGAAACCCUAUGUAUGUAAGCAAUGUGGGAAAGGUUUUACCCGACAUGCAAAUUGUAAGCAACAUGAAAGAAUUCACACUGGAGAGAAACCAUAUGUAUGUGAGCAAUGUGGGAAAGCUUUUAACACACGUGCAUAUUGUAAGGUUCAUGAAAGAAUUCACACUGGCGUGAAACCAUAUGUAUGUAAGCAAUGUGGGAAAGCUUUUAACACAUGGGCAAAUUGUAAAAUACAUGAAAGAAUUCACACUGGAGAGAAACCCUAUGUAUGUAAGGAAUGUGGGAAAGCUUUUAACACAUGGGGAGAUUUUAAGAAACAUGAAAGAAUUCACACUGGAGAG